UUGACUCUCGCUACUUGUUGUGAAGUUACCAUAGUUAGGUCGGGGAGGCUAAUUUGCGCGAGCUAGUUGUGUUAUGUUUGGUUAGCUUCCUGGCUAACUAACAGCUGCGGGUGGCUCCACUUCGCUAGCAACGCGAGCUUCGUACGUGGAAGGAUUUUACGAAAUUGGGCUUCUUGGAGCGUCUUCCGUCGUAUUGUUGUUGUUAGCUCCGUGGGAAACAUGCUAAGAUUCCCCAUAUUGUGACAAGUGAUAUGGAUAUCUGGUGACGACAAUUCUCCCAAGUUCGAGAGGAAACAGUCCAAUGGCCUCAUGUGAUUUCACCUGUGUCUUUCCGCCACAGAGAUCAUGAAGCAGGUGGAUAUUGUAAAUAAGGACAAAUUAGAUAAGGAAAGAUUCCAAGUUUGUUACGGCGUGAACAAUCCAGGCAAAGCAAAGAAGUCCUUACCUUGCAAGAGGAGGAGUUCUCCGCUCCCGGUGGUGGGCUCCAAGCUGCACCGUAGAACAUCCGAUGUUGGCCGUGGCCAACAUCCCGGCAUGGCCAACAAAGAAAACGAGGUGACUUGCUCUGAUGUGCGGGGCAAUCACUACAAGGAUAACUGCGGGCCCUCUGUGAGUGCCGCCGAGGCCUCCAAGAUGGCAGGGGCCAGCUCCAAGUACAGCGACUUCACCGAGUUAUCAAAAGAUCACGAAGCUAUGACACACGUCCUCUUUGGAAGGAAUCUUCGACUUAAAGUGGCCCUAACGCUGUGGCGAAGAAACACCAAUGAACUAGUGGCUUAUUUAAUUAGAAUUCAGGACACAGGGGUGCUGCUUGACCUGUUACCUGUCAUAACAAAUGACCUUCAAACAGAAGCACCAUGCUUUUCACUUGGCUGCUGCGUUGACCUCAUACCCCAAGUAAAAGUGAUUCUUUCCAGUAAUUAUGAAGAGCACCUAAUUGCAGGUUUACACUGGGUUCAGUCUGUCAUCAAGAAAUGGUGGCCAGAACUUUCAAAGACAGACAAAAGACUGCGGGACAGCUUGGACAACAGGAACAUUGAAGUCUUGAAGCAACGGCUAAAGGACUUGUGGAAGGACGGAGCCAGGCUUUGUCUGGUUCCAGGUUCUACUGGAGAUUUAGCAAAGGGCGUCGAGGUUUAUGUCCUGCAGCUGCGCUGACCGUGUCACUGCGGCACCCCUGGGGAAGUGACCACUACUGCCGGAUCACGGCUGUUUUUGUACGGACGAUGGCAUCCGAGAUAUGGACCGGACCAUGUUUGGCUACUCAGACCUCUCAACUGAAACCUGACACUUAAAAAGAAACAACUUUGCUAGUAGGAGCGGGAGACGCAUGAGUGGGCCGAGCACCUUUCUGCAGGAGAAGCACAGCAAAGUGACCACUUCACAUUGAAGUGGGCAGCCUCAGGAAAAAGGGGGCGUGUCACAGACGACCGUGAGACCGGAUGUGUGUCGCCCUAUGUAGUGCCAAGCACGUUGUCUCUCACUACACCGCUCGUCGCCACGGAAUGCAGUGCAGUUGUGGAUGUCAUGAAUGGCCCGCUGUUUGGAUGUUUUUAAGCCUGCAUUCUGUGGAAUCAGGAACUUGAAUUAGCAUCAGUCUUAAGUUAUUCGUGCGCAUAUUGUGUCUCCAUGUGUGUCAUUUUGACUCGGUCAUGUAAAAACAAGUUAUUCUUUUAAUCUUUUAAAUAAAUUUGAUAAAAGUUGAA